AUUUGAACUUCCAAGUAACAAUUGAAAAGAACGUUGAAUCCAGAGAAGGCUCAUGCCUUUUCAACAUUCUCAUAAGCGAUUGAAAAAUGUGUUUACAAGUUGUAUUACUCCAAAUUGUUUCAAUCAUAAAAGUAACGACUUUACGACUUUUUAAGGCUUCUACACCCCAAAUGUGUUAAUAUAAAAACAAAACAAAAAAAAUCGCUUAUAAAAAUAACUACGUGUCAAAUACUUUUUACACUUUUUAUCUUUGCUUAUAUUCAUAAUUAAACAUAAGUAAGCUGGAAUUAGCAUAAUCAAAUCUUCGUUUUACAUGUACAACACAAAACAAAAAACAUGUCGGAAAGCGAUGAACUAAAUAGGGAAUUCGAAUGUUCAAUGAAACAAUUCGAAAGGGCACAUCAGCAUUUGAAUUACCGUGAGAAGUCCAUUGCUACUGAGUGGAUAAAAAAAUUGAAGAAAGCCAACAAUUCGGUGGAGGAUUUGAAACUACGUUUAGAUUUCAUCGAUUAUUUCAUAAAUUGUUCCAAGUGCAGCAUUUUCAGUACCGAACCAUUCAAUAAAGUGCCGCAUCCAAAUGCACCUUUGCAGAAAUUGCGUAAUUUGCUGCCCACCAGCCAUAAAGUUCGAAGUGUUGACGCAACUUCCGAUGAACAGCGUAAACUUUACGUUGAGGAAAUGUUUGACAAUAUGGCAGAUAAAGGUGCUUUUCUCUCCGAUCAACCGGUGCCACUAGACGGUACAUUCUUCUUGGUGAUAAUAAAUCAAAAAUAGUUUUUCCAUAACCAUAUUUUGGUUAUUUUUUUUUAAUAUUUUAUUUAAAUUUAUUUUUGAUCAAAAUAUACUGCCUAUAUUUAUGUAAAAUUUACAAUUGUAACAUAAUCUAUGUACAUUUUAUGAUUUUAAAAUCUCUGUUGAACUUUUACAAGAAAUAUGACUGCAUUAUUAAAAAUUAUAUUGCUUAAAUGUA